AUGGAAGUUGAACGAAUUAAUAAUGAAAAAAAACCAGAAGACAGCAACGAUAGUGAUAGUGUUCUAAGUGUAAAACAUGAACCUGUUCAUGAUACUGAUAAACAAAUUACUGAUUUCCAACCAGAAGUGUAUUUAAAAUUAUGUUUAUUAAAAUAUUUUCAAUUUCGUACGUCACCCAAUAUUAAAUUGUUAACAUUAAAUGAUACGAUAUUCGUGUUAAAUUAUCUAGGAUGUAGUUUUGAUAAAGGCGAUAUAAGUACAUUUGUUAAACUAUCAUUACGAUUCAAAAAUCUAAUGAGAGGUAUUCCGCAAAGUAUACCUAUUGAUAAAGAUCAAAAAUUUGAUCAUUGGUAUGAAAUAUUUUUAAAGAAACUGAAAUCUCAAAUUACUGAAGCAUUUAAUAAAAUCACAUCAGAAAGUGAUGAAAACGAAACAUUCAUUAAAAACUAUCUUUUAUCGGAUAAGAGUAUUAUGAGAAAGUGUAUUUCGUUAAUAGAACGGGAUAUUAUUGAAUAUAGCAAGGAUAACAAGAAAUCUGAAGAUAAUUCUUCAGAAUCACAUAGUGUUAAUAGAAUUAGUGAUUAUAUAGACGAUAAUAAAGAUGGUGAUUUUAGUUCUGAAGAUGAACAACCACUUACUAAGCUUGUGGCAAAGAAAAAGUCCAUCGACAAUAGUUCAGAAACUAAGAUUGCUGAGGAUAAAGAGAAACUUGAUAGGAUGAAAUCGGUUGCAGUGUCUACUAUAAUAUCAUCUCUAAAUGAAACAGAGAAUUCAUCUAUAGUAUUAGAUGACCAGCCAGAGACUUCUCAUCGUGAAUCAUCGAAUGUUGGUGGUUCAAAUAAUAUAGAGUUAACGUCUAAUCGGACAGGUGUAAUCGAAAAUUCGAAUAGUUUAAAUUCUAAUGAUCAACAGGUGUCAAUGGAAACAGCGAAUAACGAAUUAAUCUCUGAAUCAAAUCCGAAUAUUGAUGCUAGUUCUUCGACUGUUGAACAACCACACGAUAGGCAACCGUCUCAGAGUGAAAAUAUAUUCAGCAAUUCUCAAACUUUAGUAUUAAAUUCUGAUAGUUUAGUGAUUGAUACUACCGAAACAGUCAAUUUUCUUAAUCCAACAACAACCUGUAUGAAUGAUAUGGAUAAUCCGUUAAUAAGCAAUGUUAUUUCAUUAGCAUCUGAUGAAAAUAUUUCAAUCGUUUUGGACGAAAUCACUGAGACAAAUUCAAGUGAUUUUAACAUUAAACCAAAAAUAAAUCCAGAUAAUGAAACAACAAGAAAAUUACGUUCUUAUGGUGAUUUGAUCAAAGAAGCAUUGAAUGCGGAAAUAACUACUUCUGAAGUAAUUACUUUGGAUGAUGAUGAUGACGAUAACACUAAUAUUCAAACGGUAGAUGCAACCAAUCUGAAAGUAAAUAUCGAUAAUAUGCAAGCAAUAAAUGAAAACAAUCUGCAAGUAAAUACAAAUAAUGAGCAAUCAAAUGCAGCUACAAAUAGUGUUGUUCACAAAGGGGGUAGUGGAAAUGCUACUAAACAGAUUCAUGAAAAUGGCAUGGAAACACAUGAGUCUAAGAAAACACCAACUGCAUCGUGUUUACAAAAUUUUAUCGAUAAGCAAAUAGAGUCAAUGAUCUUAACUAAUUCAAAUAUUGUUAACCUAACGGAAGAAAUACCAGAAAACACUAAUGCCGUAACUGUAAUCAAUAACGAAAUUGGUGAAAAUUCUCAUAGUUCAAAUGAUAUUACAAUAAAUACUCCAUCAAGUUUUGUAAUUGAUAAACAAUCAAUAAAUUCUGUACCAUUUCGAACAUUUAUUGGUAAAGCGAAAACUAUAACUUCUUGA